UGGCCGAUGCCGAGUUGGAAGAGAUCCGGAGAGCCCGUCUCGCGCAGCUACAGCAACAGCAGCCAGGUGGUCGCGGGGGAGGCGGGGAUGAAGGACAGGAGGACCAACGAAGGUCAGGACCAUGCUUACCAUGCUCUGAUGUCGCAUAUGCUAACAGCAAUGGGGUCCACACAGACAAGCAGAGGCUGAGCGCCGUUCGGCCAUCCUCUCGCAAAUCCUUGAUCCCGCUGCCGCCGAUCGUCUAGGACGGAUACGACUCGUCAAGGAGUCUCGAGCCACGGAUAUCGAGAACCGUCUGAUUAUGCUGGCCCAAACCGGCCAGCUGCGCCAAAAGGUCACGGAAGACCAGCUCAAGGACCUCCUCAACGCGGUUGCCGAGAACUCUCGCAAGGAAGAAGAAGAGCAAAAGGUUGUGUUUAGUCGACGGAAAGGCGGAUGGGAUGAUGAUGAUGAUGAUCUGUUGGAUUUGUAAAUGAAAAGAUAAAAUGAAGACGUGAAGAGAAGAGAUUAUGUCAAAAGCUAUUCGUUUGAGCGGGAAUCAUCCCUAAUGUCGUUAUACCCAGUGGUGAAGUGAAGACACAA